GUUCAAGAUUCAAGAAACCUCCAUUUUCCCACAUCGGGGAAGAUUAUACAAAAGAGGUGGAAAGGAAAUAUGAUUCGGCCUUCCUGUUUAAGCUGAAACUUAACCAACCACUUUCUCCACCAAGCCACGCAUUUGAUUUUUCUUCCAAUCCAUCCAUCCAUCCCAUGAACGCACCACCACUACUACUAGUGCUUCUCUCUAUCCACCACCUCCGCCGCCGCUCACGUCUGACGCCAUCCCGACCAACCACCUCCGAAAAUACCCAACUUCCAAGAAUCAAAAUUUGUCAUCAAGAAAGGCUCCUCGCCACUACCCUCAAAAAAGGCGUUCCUUGCCUUCUCUGUUGUCUUCUUAUCAACUAGUGUAUUUCUGGGAUUUGUAAAUGCUCAUUCUGGUGGGUUUCUAAUUUCAAAGACUUGUUUGGUAGAUCAGAUUACUCCGAAGUUUGCUCGGUUUGUCUAUCUGCAUUCUGUAUGUACGUAUUUAUGUACAAAUAUGCAUAUCUGUGUUUGUGAUUAGGGUCCUUUCAGUCUUCUAAACUUCGUAAAACACGCUUUUCUUCUUUUUGUUUCUAUGGGGUUUUGGAGAAUUGAAGCAGCUAUUACCAUGUUUGUUUGCACGGGUUUGAUUUCUUUGGGCUUGAGGUUUAUGCCAUCUCGUCUUUUGUUCAAUUUUUAGUUACUGGGUAAGUUUCCGGAUUCUGUGAUUUUUAGUUAUUUUGCCUCUUGUUUUGAUCGGUGAAUUUUUGUCUUAGUUUAUAUUAGAUUGUUAUUGUUAUAGGAGACCAGAACAAUGUACUGUCAGCAAUUUGUGCACAUGUUUAUGAACAAAAAUGUGUUUCAAGAAUGGGACAGCAAAAUAGAGGAUUUAUCGAAUCAGAUGUUUCUAGCUUGGGAUUGAUGAUAGAGACAAAUUUUUUGGACAAUGUAAUAGUCCUUAAGAGUUUAACUAUAUCGUUUCAACUUUAGAAUCGGGUUUAUUUUCUUCGCACUUAGUGGGACCAAGGCUUGUGAUUCUCAUUUCAACUCCAAGUAGGCUUCCUUGAUUUGUCAAGAAUAUGUGUAAUAACCCAUGAAUCACAUAUGCUCCUCAGCUAUCUAAGAAUUCCUUUGUGUUAUGGUUCUUCAGUUCCACUCCCUAUUUUGUUUUCGAUCGGUUCUCUGUUUUAAUAUCUGCUUUCUGUCAUAAUUGUUAGUGUUCACCUCUUAAUCUUUGGAGCCUGGUCAUUUGUGUGUGUGUAUCAUUUUGUAUAGUAUAAUGUUUCCCAAAUUAAGGUGAUCCGUGACUUGGAUUACCCGAAAAUAUUUUGAAAUUUAUGCAGAUCAUGUCCUAAUGUUCUCCGUUGGGGUUACUGGAAUUGGGUUUGAGUGGCAAGAACAAGUUAUUUGAUCAGUGAAUCUAUGACAUUGAAACCAUAUAAAUUAGGUGGUCAGUUAAAGUUUAGCCCUCAUAUCGGAAACUUGUUUUGUUUUAUUGUUUUCUUCUCUUUGUUGCAUUUAAGAAAAGAACAGACUGAUAUUGCAGGUAGAAUUUUGAAAGGGAUUAUUUAGGAAAAUGAGUUCAGAAGAUGGUCAGGGAAUUAUAGCUGAGGAUGAUAUUUACACAAAUGAUGGGACGGUCGACAUCCAUAAAAAGCCUGCAAUCAAGAAGGAAACUGGAAACUGGAGAGCAUGCCGCUUCAUUCUCGGAAAUGAAUGCUGCGAGAGGUUAGCAUACUACGGCAUGAGCACCAAUCUUGUGAACUUUCUUGAGAAGCGUCUUAACCAGGGGAACGUCGCGGCAUCUAACAAUGUUACAAACUGGUCAGGAACCUGCUAUAUCACCCCCUUGAUCGGAGCUUUCCUGGCUGAUUCCUACUUGGGAAGAUAUUGGACAAUUGCCUGUUUCUCGAUCCUCUAUGUCUUCGGGAUGACACUCCUAACUUUGUCUGCUACGGUCAAGGGAUUGAAGCCGGACUGUAAUCAUGAUGGUUGCCAUCCAACAGGAUCACAGACCGUGAUCUGUUUUGUAUCGCUCUACUUAAUAGCUCUUGCGACUGGUGGAAUCAAGCCAUGCGUCUCAUCCUUUGGAGCCGACCAAUUUGAUGAAACUGACGAAACUGAAAAGAUGAAGAAGAGUUCGUUUUUCAACUGGUUCUACUUGUCAAUCAACGUCGGCGCACUUAUAGCUUCCUCGAUUUUGGUUUGGAUACAGAUGAAUGUGGGGUGGGGCUGGGGGUUCGGGAUCCCGGCAGUUGCAAUGGCCAUUGCGGUUGUGUUCUUCUUCUUGGGUAGUCGCUUGUACCGGCUGCAGAAACCAGGAGGGAGUCCCCUGACACGGAUUUUCCAGGUGCUGGUUGCAUCGGUGAGAAAAUAUCAUGUACGAGUCCCGGAAGAUAAAUCUCUUCUUUACGAAACUGCAGACGAAGAACGUAACGUCAAUGGAGGCCGCAAGCUCGAGCAUACAGACAAAUUGAGAUUUCUUGACAGGGCUGCUGUAGAAACCGAAGCUGACCGCGUCAAGGGCCCGACCUCCACAAAUCCAUGGAGGCUCUGCACGGUAACCCACGUCGAGGAGCUCAAGUCCAUCAUCCGGUUGCUCCCAGUAUGGGCAUCCGGGAUUAUGUUUUCUACUGUCUACAGCCAAAUGAGCACCAUGUUUGUGUUACAAGGUAACACCAUGGACCAGCAUAUGGGGCCAAAAUUCAAGAUCCCAUCGGCAUCCCUCUCCCUCUUCGAUACACUCAGCGUCAUAUUCUGGGCGCCAGUUUAUGAUCGAAUAAUUGUCCCAUUCGCGAGAAAGUACACUGGUCAUGAACGCGGGUUCACUCAGCUGCAACGAAUGGGGAUCGGUCUUGUCAUCUCCAUAUUCUCCAUGGGUGUGGCUGGGAUCUUGGAGGUCAUUAGGCUGGAUUCCGUGAGGAAGCACAAGUACUAUGAUGUGGAGGAAAUUCCAAUGUCGAUUUUCUGGCAAGUGCCGCAGUAUUUUCUCAUGGGAUGUGCAGAGGUCUUCACUUUCAUCGGGCAGCUGGAGUUCUUCUAUGAUCAGGCACCCGAUGCCAUGAGGAGCUUGUGCUCGGCUCUGUCUCUUACCACAGUUGCGCUGGGAAAUUACUUGAGCACGCUGCUCCUCACCAUUGUGACAAACCUGACCACAAGGCACGGCAAGCUGGGUUGGAUCCCGGAUAACUUGAACCGGGGCCAUCUCGACUACUUCUACUGCCUUCUGGCCAUCCUUAGUUUGCUCAAUUUCUUCAUUUAUCUCUGCAUUGCAAAGUGGUAUACCUACAAGAAGGCCACAGUAUUGAGAUAGUAGCGAUAGACUGAUGGUUGCAGUUGCAGUAUGAUGAUAUGUAUGUAUUGUGUGUGGCCGGCCAUGAGUCAUGGUUUCAGCUCAUUUGUGCCUCCAUUUACUCUGUUAUUUCAUUGCCAAUUAAUUCUCAUGGAAUUUGAACUGCCUGUAAAUGUUUCACAUAUAUUUAUUUAUAACCUUAAUGUGUC